CCGUUGGUCUUGGAGUACAGAAGAGGAAUCAGAAAUACGCUUAUUUAGUUACACUUUUGAAACACUCAUUCUUGAGAAACUCUCAAGCCCGAGUACACAGCCAUGUGGCCAUCACAACUACUAAUCUUCAUGAUGCUCUUAGCACCAAUAAUUCAUGGUGGCAAGCACAGUGAGCGACAUCCAGCCCUUGCUGCUUCACUGCGACAUGCUGAGCGCAGCCCAGGAGGCGCUCCACCACCCAGACAUCUCCUUCAGCAGCCAGCUGCAGAGCGUGCCACUGCUCAUCGCGGACAAGGGCCUCGCGGAGCUACCAGAGGAGUUCGUGGUCCAGGUGCCCAAGGAGCACAGCUUGCAGCCCAAGCUUUCAGCCGUGCCCCAAUUCCGAUGGCCGUGGUCCGCAGAGAGCUCUCCUGUGAGAGUUACCCUAUAGAGCUCCGCUGUCCAGGAACAGACGUUAUCAUGAUUGAAAGUGCCAACUAUGGGAGGACUGAUGACAAAAUUUGUGACUCUGACCCUGCUCAGAUGGAGAAUAUCCGUUGUUAUCUGCCAGAUGCCUAUAAGAUUAUGUCUCAAAGGUAUGACACUUCUAAUACUUUUCUUUGCGCAUAUAAUAUAAACCUUCAGUAUGUGCUUGUGUGA